UCAAGCAGUGGGGAUAAUCCACGAGUCACGGAGAAGGAGUAACAGCCGGGAUGGUAGUGGCGAUGGUGGGAGUGGAGCCGGGAGCACAGUGUCAGUUCUACAGAACUUCCGAUCACACAGGGUUAGCAGCCCCGACGACGCGAGCUUGUCACGCGGUGUAUAUUCGCCUUGACUACGAUUGGCUCACACGAGCCGCACGGACGCCAGUUCGCUUGAGGAGUUGCUCCAAGUUGGUUGACGAUUGCCACCACCGUUUUGAUCGCACAAUUCUACGCGCAAAACAGACUCUCCGGCUCGUAGGUCACCGAGAUCGCCCGCAAACGUAUGUGAUAUUUGUUUCUUUUUCUUUUUUGUUUAUCGAAGCAUAGGCGGAACAGUGUAACGAGUUGUACGAACGAGACGCGUCAUCCAUGGGCGUCGCGUUGUUCCUUUAAAGGCCUCUUCGCUUAUGUGAUUGGUGACGAUGAUCGCGAGCAGUUAGCAGUCGUUGCGCUCUAUUCGCUCGCUCGCUAGCUCGUGCACGUGCUAUCCUCAGUGAAAUCGAUAAAGGACGUGUACCGGUGGUCCGGACGUCGGCGACGGUGAUAUCGACUUUCGGUUUGUCCGCUUCGUUACGUUACAUUUUGUUACGUCGCUUUACGUUACGCUACGUUACGUUACGUUACAUCACGCUGUUACUCGCAGUAAACACAAGCACCGCGCUAGCUCAGCUGGAGCGCGAGUAGGAGCGAGUCGUUUGUUUACUACGGUGAGUCGAUCAGUUGGUCGGUCCCGCGUCAUUCGUUCCACUUUCGAUUCCCGUUACGAUCGCCGGGCGCGCGCGAAUGUGAGAUUAUGGCUACAUGUUGAGCGAUUAGACCACCACCGCGCUUAUUCGCCUGGCCGUUUCAUCGACGAGCUGGCGGGAGAGCGCGUUCGGCUGCGAGGACGCAGCGAGGAAAACGACAGUUAGAUAAGACGCGCGCGUGUGUGGAUCACAUCGGCAGUGAGAGGUGCGCGCCUCUCGCAGCUUUGAUCAGCGGACGAUGGAGAGCAACGGCGAGGGGAACCCGGGGAGCAGCACAGUGCUCGAGGAGAUCUUCUACGUGACGUCCAAGCGGAACACGUACUACAAGGUGCGACUGACGGAGAAGGGCUUGAGUCUGCACAAGGAGCAUAACGGCACGACCAAGAGCGAGACGAUCGCCUUGGGCGACAUCAUCGGCUGCAGGUGUAUGCGCUCGAAGCGCAGGAACGCGGGAAGCUGCGCCUGCCGACCGGGUGCGUCUAAGUCACAGGUGAAGCUGGUGGAGUCGUCGGCGGAGAGCUAUCAGGCGUACUACGACGAGCUCGACACGUCCGCGUACUUGUACAUCUACGCGUACGCGUUGAAGAAGACACGCGUCAAGGGUGGCCUGAGGCGCGAACGCACGACCAUUACGUUGCGCUUCCGCAGCUUCGACAAGUAUGAGGACAAUCUGCGCGAGGCGAGCAGGUGGCGGCUGGCGAUCAAAUGCCUGGUCGCUAAUGCACCCGUGCCCAAGAACCUCAUGAGUCCCAGCCAUGGUAAUCUGGACGCGCUGAUGGGAGCGUGUCCGGGCGAGAAUCGAAAGCUGUUGGUGCUGUUGAAUCCAAAAUCGGGCUCCGGCAGGGGAAGGGAGACCUUCCAGAGGAGAAUACAUCCGAUUCUGUCCGAGGCCGAGAGACCGUAUGAGAUUCACAUUACUAAACACGCUAAUUACGCUCGCGAGUUCAUACGCACGAGAGAUAUCUAUCAGUGGAGCGGCUUACUGAUGGUUGGCGGCGACGGGAUAGUCUUCGAGGUAGUAAACGGACUCUUCCAAAGGUCUGACUGGGAGAAGGCUCUACGCGAAUUGCCGCUUGGUGUAAUACCGUGCGGCUCCGGCAAUGGCUUGGCGAAAUCCAUUGCUCACGCUAAACAGGAGCCAUAUGACCGCAAUCCCAUGCUGAUUAGCGCGCUAUCAGCUGUUAAGAGUAAGAGAAUGCCGAUGGAUCUGGUACGCGUGGAAACCAGGAAUCAAAUUCUCUUCUCGUUUCUGUCGGUGGGCUGGGGUCUUAUAGCCGACAUCGACAUCGAGAGCGAGCGGCUGCGUGCUAUCGGAGGCCAAAGGUUCACCGUGUGGAGCGUGGCGCGUUUGAUAGGAUUGAGAACGUACAAGGGCAAGAUAUCGUACAUACCUUGCAACAGGGUACCGUCGAUGGAGAACAUUGGCAACGGCAAGAUCUGCCGCAAGGAUUGCGCCACGGAGAGCACGCUGUCGCAUUCACGGAGUUAUGGCGACGAGCUGGACAGAUAUGGUGGAGGUGAACCGAAGAGCUUCCACACGGCUUUCAGUGAGUCCAUCAACGAUUUGAAUGAUUGUGUCGAUAAUGAAAUAAUCACCGAGAGCUUGACGCUCGAAACAGAAACCGAGAAAAGACACAGACUAGACAGCUUUUAUUCUGCGACGUCGGCGAAGUCGACUUACUUCAGCACGGGCUCGGUCUCAAGCUAUCAUAGCGUCGACGACAACGAUAGCGCGGAGAUUGGCGCCGAGAACAUUUGUAACAGCCAAAUUAUGUACGGGCCGUCGUCUACUCUUCCGGCGCUAACCACACAACUUUCGAAUUGUUGGACGCAAAUUCAAGGGGAAUUUGUGAUGGUGCAUGCGGCCUAUCAAUCACAUCUUGGGCAGGAUUAUUUUUUCGCACCGCGCGCUAGAUUGGCGGAUGGAAUUAUCUGGCUUUUAAUAGUCAAAGCCGGCAUCACCCGAGCCAACUUAUUGCACUUUCUGUUAGGUCUAAGUAGUGGAACUCAUGUGAUGUGUGCUGGAGUCGAUAUGAUACCAGUUAAAGCAUUCCGAAUUGAACCCAUGGAAGGAACAAGUGGUCACAUUACUGUGGACGGCGAAGAAGUUGAUUAUGGACCGCUGCAAGCCGAGAUAUUCCCUUCUCUGGCAACGGUGAUGGUACCCUGACAUAAACGAUAAUCGCGGACUUAGCGGUGAUAUCAGCAGCAAAA